ACUCUCACAAAGGUCGCAUUUCAACACAAUCUACUCAAACGUCUCACUGUCACAAACCCACAAAAACCCAAUCACCACCGCCGCACACAGCGGCGCCGCCAUCAAAUUCACCAAUUCCCCUCCGUUCAAUAAUGGCGCCUUCUUCAACAACCACCGACGGACCCGUCCUGAACCUCAUCAACAAACGCCUCCGUGCACUCCGCAAGAAGCUCAACCGUAUCACUUCCAUGGAAGAAUCUCUCUCCCAGGGAAAAUCCCUCAACAGCGAGCAACAAGAAGUUCUCCGUUCCAAAUCCUCCGUUCUCGUUCUCAUCGAUGAAUUGGAGAAGCUUCGUCAACCACUUUCCUCAGCCCUAACCGAAGAACUCGAACUUGCUACUCAAACCAAGAACGAUGCCCGGGAAACUGAAACCCAAGCUGAAAACUCCGAACCGCGACCCAGCGGUGAAAACAGCGAUGUUGUUGAGGAUAUUCUCAAUUUGCUGUAUUUUGGGUCCCUAUUUGAAGUGAAAACUCAGAAUGAUUUUACUUCAACGAUGCUCACCAGGACACAUGAGCGUGGGUGUUGCCUGACGUAUGAUUAUGUGACGGAUGAUGCGACGGAUCUGCUGGGUGAGAAGGAUUUGGAUGCGAUCUCUGGUUUGUAUGGCUUGUUGAUUUCGAGACCGGCCGAUUCGAGCUUUUCGCAUAAGAAUGCGUUGAGGAGAUGUAUCGAGCAUGCUAAGUUGUGGGUUUCUAAGGCUCAACAGCCUAUUGAUCCCAAUGUUGAUGUUACAUAUGCUGGUUUGAGGGAGAAGUUGAAUAAGAUUAUGUCGUCGGAGUAUUUUACGACUACUCCUGAAAUGAAGGCGCCGGUGGAAGUUGCUGCAGCUGCUGCUGGAAAUUAUGGAUCUUUUCAAGUGCCGGUGCAUGGUUCUGAGGUUUCUGUUGAAGUGGAAGGUUCUGAUUCUCAGCCUGAGAAGAAUGAAGGAACUGCAAAUUCUCAAGGACAAGGAUCUGGAGAUGAUCGGUCAGAUCCUGAAGGAGAGUUUCAGAAGGAUGAAUUAGAAGCAGAAAAUGCAGCUGAGGCGGUACCAGUCCAACAUGAGCAGACCAAUCCUCAGGGUGAUUUGGAAUACAAUCAACCAGAUGGAGAGGGAAAGGAGCAGCAGUAUUACCCUAGGAGGGGGGGUUAUCAGAAUCAAAGAGGUGGACGCGGUGGAGGUGGUAGGAGGGGUUAUUCAAAUGGUCGUGGAGGUCGUGGUGGUGGCGGCGGCAGAGGAAGAGGUUACCCAAAUGGCGGCAACCAAUAUCAUGACCAGCCUGGAAAUUAUUAUCCAAGGAACAAUUAUAACAACAGAGGACGUGGAGGUAGAGGUGGUGGCUACUACAGCAACCAUGGUGCAGGUGGUCAAGUUAAUCAUGUUGCAGGUGAUGUUGGGGUGCAAUCUUGAUAAAUUAUGACUUGUUCAUAGUGUUUGUUACUCUAUAACUCGGUGGAGGUGAACCUUUUUAUUCGUCUGGCAUGAAACAUGUUUUGAACAAUUUUGUUUGAACUUCCGACAUCCAGACUCCGCCAUUUUGUAGUCCAGUAGCUAGUUGACCUUUAUCCCAAAUCUUACAGGAAGAAACUAUCUGGUGUCGUCAUGUUCAGGAAUGAAUGUUAUUCUUAGACUUUCUGUGGUAGCGUCAAAAUGCUUUGCAUUUGCCUUA